AUGAAUUCAGGAUGCCCGACGUCUUCUAUCAUUGACGCUGCAGCAUUGAGCAGACAGCUCUACGACAUGAAAAAAUUUCUUGGUGGCCAUACUGAUGUGGAUCUUUGGUUUCCGUUUUACAAGUACGCUUCACCAUUUGGGCAAUUCAAGGUUUCAACCACAUGCGAUUUGGAAUGCUAUGACUUUGACUCAUUCCUUACAAAACCAUGCAGGUGGCGCAAUGAAAAAAACACUUGCGACGUGAACGGGGAUGAAAUUGACUUUAUUCGUAUGAAGGGAUCUUGGGGUGAAUCGGAAGGAGACACCAUUUUCGGGAAAUCGGAUCGCGCAGAUGGAUAUUUCUUGAUAGCAGGAGUUCAACAAAAGUUACCGCCAAUGUAUUCGGCAAUGCUGGUGAGCGAUCCUAUACAGUGCCAGGAAGGUGAUGGUGUCGUGAAGAUGAGAUUUUGGGCAUCCCCCAACGUAAAAUUGAGAGUCUGUACAAGAGCACCAUCCAUGGGCAGACGCUAUAUUUGGUGCAGUGAGCCACUGAAAAGAAACAAUACAAGGCUUGCGAAAGUUACAAUACCGGGAACUAUAUGGUACACUUUCGAGAUUGUGGUAGAAGCAUACAACUUCACGUUAGACGCUUUCGGCAAACAAGGCGGAGCUGCGAUCAUCGAUGACAUCACCUAUAAUUCUAGCGCAAUUUACGAAUGCAGAAUGAUUCCUCACUACGAUCCACCCCCAAAACUUCCGAAACAAACCUGCGCAGCUAUCAAAUGCGAUUUUGAGAGUGGUGCUUGCCUUCGCAACAUGGAAUCAAGUGGAUGGAGGACUGCAGAUGAGGCUUUGGGACCGCGCUCCAGCGGCAUUCGAUCCAAGUUAGUUGGCGCAUACGCCUACGCUGUAGGACCAGGAACUUCUACGCUGAGUUUGGGACCGUUCGAGCUAACUCGAACAUUUGCAAUCGACUUUUGCUACUACGCCGCCAGUUAUCGCAGUAAACUAGUGGUCUACAUCACCAGAAGUGCUCAAAACGACAGGACAAGGAUCUAUAGUAGUGGCGAUGUACGUGGCGAUGGACACCACUGGAUUUGCGAGAAAGUCUACCUUCAUACUGGAACCUAUGAAUCCAUUGAAUUCUCCGCAGAAGGAUUAAGAAACGAGUACUCUUACGUUGGCCUGGAUCAGAUCGAUAUUUACGACCCAAAACUAGGAAAAUCGGCUUGUGAGAAGAGAACCAAGAAAAACGAAGAGUCCAUAGUGCCUUUGCUGUCUGAUAGAACAUAGCGGAACCGUCAGUCGACCUAAAGUACCAAUAUAUACGUGCGCCUUCCGGUUUUUUAGAAGCCUUUAGACCGUACAUAAUUCUUUUCCGCUUUUGGGCGCUAUACUCUCCAAACAACUGAAACAGAGCAAAAACUAUCUGUUCACAAUCCUCCUUCACUGAAUAAUUUAUCUUUGCAUAACACUGGGAAAGACGAGCUCCUGCUGUCAGACCAGAGAAGCACAGGGAAACAUUGGCAAUAUUUGUAAGGACAAUAGCUUAUCAUAAAACAUGCUGAUUAUAAAGUAUAAUCGAAAUUUUCAUCCGUCU